AUUCAUUCAGCAGUGUAAUUUUAUCGAAGUUUUCCUGUUCAAUCAAUAUAGAUUUAUUGAAUAGUUUUUCGAAAGAAGAAUCCGCAAGACGAGUGCAUAAGUUUACAAACCAUAACUCGAGGCAGUUCAGAGAUAAUGCUUGUCCAUCUGGACUUAGAAGUGAACCUAACGAAAAUGAAGCCGAAAUUGAAGAGCUAUUCGAGAAAAAUGAAGACUUAUGCGUUGUAUGUGGAUUUGUCUCAGUCAACGAAUUUUUUAGUUUUCCAAGUGAUGUUGACACUCGAAAGAAGUGGGCUACCUUCUGCGACGUACCUCUUGACAAGAUAAAACCGUAUUUUCGCCUUUGUGACAGACACUUUAAACCUUAUGAUUAUCGAAUUCAACGCAAAUUAUUAAUACAGACAAGUAGUGUUCCAACAUUGCAACCAAAACUGAAAAAUUCCAUCAACAUUUCCAACUCAACGUCGAAUGAAAAUACAUCGAAAAAUGCGAUAUACAGCCCUGUCGUCCAAGGUAAUCUUCGAUCUGAAGUUCUCAGAUUAAAAACCCGUUGUUCACUUCUCGAAGACACUGUAGCUGAAUUGAAAAGAAGAAUCGACCGACAAGACGAGAGAUGCUCUGUUGUACCAGCUGAAAUUGACAGAAACAUAGCACAACAUACUCGUGACCGAAGAUUGACGAUUUAUUCUUCAGAAAAACCGGAGCACAGCUCUUCUGAAGAAGUGGCAACUGCAAGCAUAGAAAUCAUCGGAAAUGUUACAGAAGUUACUUGUCACGCAAAUUUGACCAUGUGUUCCGAAGUAGAGUAUAUGAACAGUCUUUCCAACGCAGACGCGGCGCGGCCUGAAGACCAUUCGAAAAAAGAUUUUCCAGGAAUGUCGAAUGACGAUCUGCAUAAUACGCAAGGAAAACUUGAACAACAUUCUGAAGAAAUUGCGCUCGUAGAACCUGUAGAAAAGGUUGCAGACGAAGAUGGUUACUCAGGUUACUCUACAGAUUCGAGCAUGCCUCCCCUAGAAAUACCGAGCGAUGAACUCCACACUUCGGAGGGACCACUAGAAACAUUUUCUGAAGAAGAGGAUUCCGCCUCAAAAGAUUCACGGAACUGUUUCUCUAAUUCGACAAAAGCGACGGAUGAUGUGUUCUUGAACGUACUCGAUGACAACAAGGUUGUCAGUGGUAUUUCGGUCAGUCCUCAAAUUAACCGUCAAUUGCGUAAGGAUGAUACCGCUGCCAAUUCAAAUAAUGAACAAUUUCAUAAAGCCCACGUUGGGAAAACAGUGCGGAAGGAACAAGUGCAAGUGACGAGCGAACAACCAAACUGUAAUAAUGAGCUGAAUGUGUGCCAGCGCAAUGGACUGGGAUCCUCUUCUGCUGAGUGCACGAAACGUCGAGAAAAUGGUGAUGAGGGCAGAAUUACUCAUUCUGCAAAAAAUAAAAAAGAACUUCCUAGCCCAGCUACCACGAUACAAACCUCGGACAGUGUUCUUAAAAAGGUACCAGAAGCAUUGACACGAGAUUCACCUGCAUACCGUUGCAAUAUUUGCGAUAAAACGUUUUCCAAGGCAUGGCGUUGGUUUCAACACCCGCGAGACCAUUUGAAGCGGUUUCAGUGCCGAAAGUGUGGCAAACGGUAUGCUUUGAAAUGGUACUUCAUUAAACAUCAAGCAUCUCAUACGGAACAGAAACCCUACAAAUGCGUCAUUUGUGAUGCACGAUUCAAGCACUAUAAAAGUAAAUUAAAGCACGAACGACGUUUUCAUGCGGAUGCCACUUGUUUUGAGUGUGUUGCUUGCGAGAAAAUGUUUAACGAUAAAAAAUCCAUAAUUUACCACUUGAGGGUAGAUUCUGGUCAGAAACCGCCGUUUCGUUGCCAAUCAUGUGGCAAAAAAUGUAUCUUCAUGGUUAAAAAACCCGAUAUUACAUCUCGUAUAUAGGGUUGUGAAAAUUGUAUUUAUUUAAUAAAAUGUAUCACCUAGUUCAUUAGAAAUUUGUACCUAUUGUAUCCCUUCCUAUGGUGUAAAAAAUUGAGGUACCUACCUAUAUUUAAAAGAUAAGAUUAUUCGAGAGAUCUGUUCAACUUUUGGAGGUUUCGAUAUACUUAGUUUGAUUUUAUUCUAGUAAGAGUACAGUCGUUUUACAAUUUUGUACCUGCUAUGUGUACUUAAUAUUUUUUGUGUAUUUUUAAUAUUUUUAUAUGUUUUGAAUUUCGAGUGUUUAAAUUCGAGUUAAAUGAUUUAUUUGAUUUUUCGAGUUAUGAAAUAAAAAGAUUUAUGAUUUG